AUGGGGUCAGACGAGGAGGCGUUUGCUGCCGCCGGCAUAAGAGGUGAUGGCGACAAGGAGAUGUGUGAUGCUCACGACGCGGACGACGAUCAAGACAGCGCGAUGGAGGAUGAAGCCUUUAGCGACACCGUCGAGCAGCUUCAUGUCCCUUUCAGACUCAUGGAUCUGGCAGCGGAACUUAGGAACGAAGUAUACGACCAGGCUCUCCUCGAAAAGGAGACACCGAUUACCCUCCGUCAGAGCUCCAAAAAGGACAACAUCGCACAAGCUGGACCCGUGGGAUCCGACAUGGACGGCAUCCAAACCAUUGCGCCCAUGCCUGUGCCUAUUCCUGUGCAUAUGCCUACGCCUCUGCUCACGCCCGCGCCCGUGCCCGCGCCGGCAAUGAAUCUCACUGGCAACGCGCCGAACACCACUGGUGUAAUGCCCCCUCUAGCUGCUGCCAUGCACGGUCUUACCACCAUAGGCGACCUCGACCGCUUGUCCAGCCUGCCAUUCGUAGCCCUCCAUGCCACCAUCCGCAACAAAGCGAACGUCAACAUGCUGCUGGCAGACAAGCAGAUCAACGCAGAGUACGAAAGCCGUGCUGACCGGGCCAUGGAGCUCGUCCUUACCGAUCACCAAGACUUCACCUUUCAGGCAUUCCACAUACCGUCCUUCGUCGCGAAGAUCCAGAUCCUCGAAGUGAACCUCAUCCUCUUCUGUCACGCCUGUUUCAGGGCAACACAUACGACCGACAUCUCCUGCCACGGCGUCCUCGAGCUCGUCCGUCACUGCAAAUGGAUCGACGACCUGCGACAGCAGAUGCCCAAGCUCAAGAAGCUCUCCAUCUUUGCCCACAUCUGCUAUGAUUCCUUCAAAGUUGGCGGCAAGACGAGACCGCCGUGCGAGAAGCUCGUCACGAAGAGGAUGAAGGCCCUGCAGGGCCCAGGUGUCAUCCACCAUAUCAGAGUUUACUGCGCUGAGUUUGACCAGCACUCUGGGCGGAGUCUCGACGGGCCGAAGGAGCUGGUAUAUGAGUGGAAGGACGGAGAGGUGAUUAAGGUGAAGAAGGGGCCGGAGCCGAAGCCGGAGGAUGUGGCGUUGCCGAUGAGUCCGACUCUGGGGCCGGUUGAUGAGUAA